CCGUGGACGUGUUCGAUUCGCAAUGAGUUUUAAAAGUAAAGUUGUUCUUGUCACUGGAGGUAGUUCAGGAAUUGGUGCUGCAGCUGCAAUCAAGUUUGCUGAAGAAGGAGCCAAAGUUUCUAUGGUCGGUCGGAAUGAAAAGAAACUUCAAAACGUUUCAGACAAAUGCAAGAAAGCCGGCAGCAUCCCUCUAGUCAUCAAUGCUGAUGUCACCAAAGAUGAAGAUGUAAAAAGAAUUAUAAGCGAUACGAUAAAACAUUAUGGCAGAUUGGAUAUACUUGUGAAUAAUGCUGGAACUUGUAUUCCAUCCAGCAUAUUGGCACCAAACGCUGUGCAAACCUUCGACAGUCUAAUGGCACUAAAUCUUCGCUCUGCUAUCUACCUUACGAAUCUCGCAGCUCCAUAUAUAGUCGAGAGCAAAGGUAAUAUUAUCAAUAUAUCCAGCGUCGCUGCACUACGUCCAUUUGAAGAUGAAGUUGGCUUUGCCUAUUGCACAUCAAAAGCUGGUUUAGACCAUUUUACCCGAUGUGUGGCUCUCGAACUAGCUCCGAAAGGUGUCCGAGUCAAUUCCAUUAAUCCUGGUCCGGUGAGGACAGACAUCGCCAAACGUUAUUUUACCGAUGAAAGUAAGGAACAAGAAAUGUGGGAGUCGGCGAAAAAGAUGACUCCCCUUAAUAGGAUCUCAGAACCUGAAGAGAUAGGUGAUCUUAUUCUGUACCUGGCGAGUGAAAAAGCUAGAAGUAUUACUGGAGCUGUUUAUGCUAUAGAUAAUGGAUAUUUGAUGAAGUGAAUAUUUUCCUUAUCAUAUUAAAAAAAAUGCAUUUUUAGUUUUAAUUUAAUUUUAUCGCUAUUUAAC